AUGAUCCACCGCGAAGUAGCCGAUGGUCUAGAGCGUCUUUGGAACGUAAGAGUAAACUGCAUAUGGGAAGCCGAUGAAAGUAGUCGCCAUGGAGAGGUUUAUAUAUUCGACCAUGUAUUUAAGCAGGAAUGUACAAAUUCAGAUGUAUAUGGAUCUGUAGUAAAACCUUUAGUCGAUUCCUUCAUGGAAGGUUUCAAUGCCACAAUAUUUGCAUAUGGCCAAACAUCUUCUGGCAAAACACACACCAUUUUGGGCAAUAAAACAGAUCCUGGGCUUUUCCAAUUAGUAUCCAAUCAGUUAUUCCAGCAUGUGGCAGACCAGGUUGAUAAGAGGUACUUGAUUAGAUGCAGUUAUAUUGAAAUCUACAAUGAAAAGAUCAAUGACCUCCUGGAUAAGAGCAAUCAGGAAGAUAUCAAAGGAAAUGUGCUGCUUGAUGCAAGGGAAGCUGUCGUAGACAAUGUUGAUAAAGUUAUGGAGAACAUGAUGCAGGGCAAUAAGAUCAGACGAGUUGCAGCUACUCGCAUGAAUGAGAGGUCAUCUCGAUCACACACGAUUUUCCGGAUUAUUCUGGAGUCGAAAGAUGCCAAUCAGAAAGAUGGACCUGUACAUAUAAGCUACCUUAACUUAAUGGACUUAGCUGGUUCUGAGAGAGUUUCUCUGACGAAAGCUGCUGGUGAGCGUCUUAAAGAGGGGGCUAACAUAAACAAAUCUUUGUCAGUAUUAGGAAAUGUGAUAAGGCAACUAAGCGAGGGGAAGGAGUUUAUCAGUUAUCGCGAUUCGAAAUUGACUAGACUGCUCUCACAGGCUCUUGGCGGUAAUGCCAAAUCAUUGAUUAUCGGGAAUAUCAGACCAAUGAUCCACCGCGAAGUAGCCGAUGGUCUAGAGCGUCUUUGGAACGUAAGAGUAAACUGCAUAUGGGAAGCCGAUGAAAGUAGUCGCCAUGGAGAGGUUUAUAUAUUCGACCAUGUAUUUAAGCAGGAAUGUACAAAUUCAGAUGUAUAUGGAUCUGUAGUAAAACCUUUAGUCGAUUCCUUCAUGGAAGGUUUCAAUGCCACAAUAUUUGCAUAUGGCCAAACAUCUUCUGGCAAAACACACACCAUUUUGGGCAAUAAAACAGAUCCUGGGCUUUUCCAAUUAGUAUCCAAUCAGUUAUUCCAGCAUGUGGCAGACCAGGUUGAUAAGAGGUACUUGAUUAGAUGCAGUUAUAUUGAAAUCUACAAUGAAAAGAUCAAUGACCUCCUGGAUAAGAGCAAUCAGGGUUUAACUAUGAGAAGAUAUCAAAGGAAAUGUGCUGCUUGA